AUGCGUGUCUUCCUCUUCCAAACGGCGAAAGGCCUCUCAAGCUCGUCAGGCGGCUAUAAAUCAAACCUGUCAUUGUUGAAGUAUCUGGCUCAUCGAAAACAUGCGGUAGCUCAACUAUGCUAUGUUUGGGAUAGCGACAUCGACUCCUACUAUGCCGAAAUGGCUGCAGCCGGCCUGGAGCCAGACUUUGAAACCCGAGUGAUAUCGAUGCCAGCGGAUGACAGUACCGAAGUUCUCAUAAGGACCUACACAUUCACCACCAGUGAUGGAGUCAGGAACGUUGCGUUCAAUGCUUCCGAUUUCAUGAAAGCUCUCCCUGACAAUGUUUUGGCUCGCGACACCGCUAGAUUCAUCGAGGAAAAUCAAGCAAGCGUCCAAGUUCAGGUGUUUCUUCACUUCUUGGACAUGCACAUUUACCGCUUCGAACCGACACAUGUCAUAUUCAACGACGGGUUGAUGCUGAAGGCAACAUCAAUAAUACCAUCCCUUCGCGACGUAUCCCGAAAUUUGAUCGUGCAUACGGCUGAGCAGCUUCCUUUUGGGCCUUUCGCCGGUGGCAUCCCGGGCGCGUCAUACUCCACUGGCGAACAUAAGUUAAUGCGAGGAGUUGAUGCUAUUUGGGCAGUAUCCGAAUGCAUCAGAAACUACGCACAGAAACACGGUCAAAUCGAAAGCACGUUCCACAUUCAUCAUCCGUGGACAUAUCUUGACAGCAAAACCCAUGCGUUACCAACCAGGAGAGAGAACUGGGACAAAACCGCGAUCGGGUUUGUAAACCCUUGUCCGGUGAAGGGCAGUUCAAUAUUCCGCGACUUGGCCAAAAGAUGCCCGGAGUUCAAGUUCGUGGCGUUGUCUAGCUGGGGCAUCAACCCACAGGUGGAGGCAGAGCUGCGAGAAGUGCCAAACAUUGACCUUCGCCAAACCGCAAGUGACAUGGAGAAAGUGUGGUCUGAAAUCAAGCUGCUCCUUGUACCAUCUCUAUGGCUCGAAGCCUGGGGUAUAGUGGUGGUGGAAGCACAACUAAGGGGCAUUCCUGUGAUCUCUUCCGACGCAGGGGCUAUUCCCGAAGCCAAACUUGGUAUUCCAGUCAUUAUACCCGUCAAUUCUCUCACAGGUGAGAGAAGUGCAGAAGGAGGAUACGCCAUUCCGGAGCAAGACAUUGAGCCCUGGAAAGAGGCGGUGACGAAGCUGAUGACGGAUAAGGAUUGGUAUGAAGAGAUCGCAGAGAGGGCAAGGACUGAAACGGCCUCCUGGCUGGCCGAAAUUGACCACAACGCUCUGGAAAGCUGGUUAUUGAAAUCAACGAAACCGGCCACGAUGCAUAGUAACAUGAAGAUUAGCAUUGUGUAG